UUUUAAUGUACUCUACUAGGCCAUUAUAUCUGUCUCUUUUCAAGUGGAAAUUAUUUAUCGACGUCGUGUUUCAGUAGAUUGCUGAUAAUGAUGUUUAUUGCAUUUGCAUUAUUUUCCAGCUUGAUUCUUAGCACACACGCUGUGACACUGGAAGAGGGACUUAAGAACCCUUCCAAAUAUGUUCGUUAUGACACAGCUCCUAAUAAUACCUGGAUUCAUGCUCUGAUUUCUCUUUGCAUAACGUACGGUACGCUUACUGGAUUUAUACUCUGCAUACACCUAGUGGUAUACCUUUCAGGAUCAAAGAAGAAUCGUCGUUCUGCUUGAUCUAUUAGAUAAUUAGUAUAGAUGCUAGAUAUAGUUCUUUAUGUUAACAUUGUAUUUCAAUCCACAUAAUUUUCCAAUCCAUCAUACAUUUAUUUGAGGAUAAAUGAGUGUUCUAAUAGCCGAAACAAACAUCAUUUCUCUGAAUUAUUUUAAAAUAUCUCAGUGAAUAAGAAAAUAUGCCACAAAUUAUGGGAGAUGAUGAUUAACUGUAUAAGUUGAAUUUAUAUUUACGUGAUUUGUACGAUUAAAAAUAAUUUUUUUCUCGGAUAAUCUCAGAUAAUGUAUAAAUAUACUUUGUAGACCAA